UUGUAGUUGUCAACGAAAGUCGGCACAAUUUCUUAUCGGAGUGCGCUUUAGUUGUUUUCGUUAUUUGCUGUUCUCGUUUAUGCCCGUCCUCUGACGUUUGAUUUCAAAUCAAAAUGGAAAAGCCACAGAAAAUGCCCAAAGUGGCGAAGGUUAAAAACAAAGCUCCCGCGGAAAUACAAAUCACCGCCGAGCAGCUUCUCCGUGAAGCAAAGGAGCGAGAUUUGGAAAUCCUCCCGCCACCACCAAAACAGAAGAUUUCCGAUCCAGCCGAACUUGCCGACUACCAGCAACGCAAGCGGAAGCACUUCGAGGACUGCCUGCGGAAGAACCGAAUGGUUGUGAGCCAUUGGAUCAAGUACGCGCAAUGGGAAGAGUCACAGAAGGAAAUCCAGCGAGCGCGAUCCAUCUGGGAGCGUGCACUGGACAACGACCACCGCAAUAUAACGAUUUGGCUCAAAUACGCCGAGAUGGAGAUGAAGAACAAACAGGUCAACCAUGCCAGGAACUUGUGGGAUCGGGCGGUCACGAUAAUGCCGCGCGUCAACCAGUUCUGGUACAAAUACACUUACAUGGAGGAGAUGCUGGAGAAUGUGGCAGGAGCACGGCAAGUGUUCGAACGAUGGAUGGAGUGGCAGCCGGAGGAGCAGGCCUGGCAGACCUACAUAAACUUUGAACUGCGGUACAAGGAAAUCGACAGAAGUCGCGCGAUAUUCGAGAGAUUCGUCCUAGUCCACCCGGACGUCAAAAAUUGGAUCAAAUACGCUCGUUUCGAGGAGAAUCACGGAUUCAUUCAUGGGUCCCGAAAUGUCUACGAACGUGCGGUGGAGUUCUUCGGGGAGGACAAUAUGGACGAGAGAUUGUUCAUUGCUUUCGCCAAGUUCGAGGAGAAUCAAAAGGAACACGACCGGGCCCGAGUCAUCUACAAAUACGCAUUAGAUCACUUGCCCAAGGAACGAACCCAAGAACUCUACAAAGCCUACACAAUCCACGAGAAAAAGUACGGCGACCGUGCUGGCAUCGAGGAUGUGAUCGUGUCCAAAAGGAAGUUCCAAUACGAGCAAGAAGUUGCCGAGAAUCCUAACAACUACGACGCAUGGUUCGACUACAUUCGCCUUGUAGAAGGCGAAGGCGAUGUCAACGUGGUCCGCGAAACCUACGAAAGAGCAAUCGCGAACGUGCCUCCCACAAAGGACAAAAACCUCUGGCGUCGCUACAUUUACCUGUGGAUCAACUACGCCCUCUUCGAGGAACUUGAGACCGAGGACAUGGAGCGAACGCGACAAAUCUACCGAACCUGCCUCGAACUCAUUCCACACAAAAUUUUUACAUUCAGUAAAAUUUGGCUGCUCUACGCCCAGUUUGAGAUUCGCCGGAAAAACUUGCAGCAAGCAAGGAAGACGCUCGGAAUGGCGAUCGGCAUGUGUCCGCGGGACAAACUUUUCCGAGGGUACAUCGACUUGGAAAUUCAGUUGAGAGAAUUCGAUCGUUGCAGGAUUCUCUAUCAGAAGUUUUUGGAGUUCGGUCCGGAAAACUGCAUUACGUGGAUCAAAUUCGCCGAACUGGAAAGCUUAUUGGGAGACGUCGACCGAGCACGAGGGAUUUUUGAGUUGGCUAUUCAACAGCCCCGACUCGACAUGCCGGAGCUUCUCUGGAAAGGCUACAUCGACUUUGAAGUCUCCCAGGGAGAAACAGAAUUUGCUCGGCAACUAUACGAACGCCUAUUGGAGCGUACUCACCACGUGAAAGUCUGGAUUUCCUACGCUAAAUUCGAAUUUUCAUCCCCGGCCGAAGAUGAAGACAUGAACGUGGCGUUAUCACGAAGGAUUUACGAGCGUGCAAACGACAGUCUGCGUCAGUUCGAUGAGAAGGAGUCGCGUGUUCUGCUUCUGGAAGCGUGGCGUGAUUUCGAGAAGGAACAUGGCACGCCCGAUAGCUUGGAUAAGGUCGUGGAGAAGAUGCCAAGAAGGGUGAAGAAACGACAGAAGAUCAUCUCAGAGUCGGGCGUGGAAGAGGGAUGGGAAGAAGUGUUCGAUUAUAUCUUCCCAGAGGAUGAGAUGGCUCGGCCGAAUUUGAAAUUGCUGGCGGCCGCGAAGAAUUGGAAGAAGAUGAAAGCGCAACAGGACGACGAAGAGGUUGAAGUGAAGGAAGAAGUCUCCGAGGAAGGAGCGAGGGAAGGUGACACGGAGGAGUAAUAUUAGGACUUUGUAAGUUGUUUGAUAUUUGUAAGGAUAUUCUGACUUAAUAGAAAGUUUUGUCAU